AUGUUUCAUGCAAAGAAGUUUCCGGAGGCAAAUAUGAUGCCUCAUAAGUCUCAAGGUGGAGGUGAACAAAUUGCGAAUGUUGGGGGUUUGAGUGGAUCUGUUGUGAAAGAUGCUGCACCUGCUGGGGGAGGUGGGAAGCAACGUUUGCGCUGGACGUCGGAUCUUCAUGACCGUUUUGUGGAUGCCAUUACACAACUUGGUGGACCAGAUAGAGCAACACCAAAAGGUGUUCUUAGAGUGAUGGGUGUACCUGGUCUGACCAUUUAUCAUGUUAAGAGCCAUUUACAGAAGUAUCGCCUGGCGAAGUACUUGCCCGAAUCACCAGCUGAUGGUAAAGAUUCUAAGGAUGAGAAAAGGAAUUCUGGAGACAGCAUUUCUGGCGCUGAUUCUUCCCCGGGAUUGCAAAUCAAUGACGCACUACGGAUGCAGAUGGAGGUUCAAAAACGUUUGCAUGAACAGCUUGAGGUUCAAAAGCAAUUACAGAUGAGAAUUGAAGCUCAGGGUAAAUACUUGCAGAAGAUCAUAGAGGAACAACAGAAAUUAGGUAGUACUUUGGCAGCGUCGGAAACACUUCCAUUACCCCAUGAUAAGCAAAAUCAUUCAUUAUCGGAGCCUUCUGGGUCUAGUGAUGCCCUUGCAAGCACUUUUCCUCCGCAUAAAAAACAGAGAAUUGAUGAAGGCUCAAAGGAUGGUUUCAUUGCAUCCCAAGUUACGAGAAAUACUACACAGAAGAAUGAUUGUAAUGUUGUCUGUUUGGAUCCGAACUUGUAUGAAGAUGAUGCUGGUUUCGGAUUUGAUUUGGAGACAGAAAAUGAUGACGACAAUGAGAGUGAGCAGUAA